AUGGCGAAACCUCCUCCUCAUGCCCCUUGUCCAGAUUGCAAUGGAGGAGAUCCUCCUUGUCAUCCUUGUUCAGAUUGCGGUGGAUGUAUUCACAAUCAAUUCUUGGAAUCUGAAUUAGAAAAAUGGUAUCAGAAUCGAGAUUUGGAAGAUGAACUACAUGCUCGUGACAUUACAAUAAAAGAUCUUAGGUUCACAACAGAAAUGCUUCGGCUUCAGAGAGAAAUUGAGCGUCUAGACAGAGAAAUUGAGCGUCAAGACAAAGAAUGGGCUUAUCUGGUUAUUGAAUUUGCUAAGAACGUGCCUUGUGAAAUAGAUAAGAAGGAGCUUGCUGAAAUAGCUAAGAGAACCUGUUCUAAGGAAAACGGGAAGCAGGUUCAGGAAAUAGUUAAGAAGCAUUUUCCUGAAAUAGCAGCAGCCAUCAUGAAAUCGUAG